GGGUCGCACCACAAACGCCUUUUCACAGACAUACACUCCUCUAAAGCCGCCCUUCUAGCUGCAUCGCGCAACACACGAGAGGUGAGGAGCUCUCAUGGGGAGAGUCGUGCACCAGUGUGUGUGUAUGUGUGUGCUCUGUACCGUGGUGAGGCACUGACUAGGAUGCCUUCAGUUGUGGGUCGCCUGAUGCAUACAAACAGAGGGAGCGAAGAGACUUUGACGCGUCUCUUGCCGCCUGCCUUCCUGCUUCCAACUAGCAUACCUGCCCAAUGUGCCACACCUCGAGCUCGGUGCACGUGAAGUUUGAGGACUGCGCCAGGGUGCCGUGGCCCUCCUCGUUGACCGUCGGGCCCUUGUAGCCGUCGGGCAGCUCCCCCUUGUUGUUCCACUGCUGGCAGCUGCUGAUGUCGGCCGCAGGGCCAGGACCAGCAAAGCCAAGCCAGAGCCGGCCGCAGCCGAUGCACACAUUUGCAGUCCAGUCCAUAUUAUCGGCCUUCACCACCCCCUGUGUGCCGGCCACCUCCACCCGCUGACUCUCCUUCGGCAGCUUGAUCUUGGUCGGCGCAUCAAACGCACCCGAGAGCGCGAAGAGGAAGACGGGCACCUUGUAUCUGCCGCUCGUCUGUGUGGGUCGUCUGGUGGCUUGAUCUCGCCGUCGAUGAAGGCGCCGAAUCGGUGCGUGUCGCCAUGUCGGAGGGCGAACAUCAGGCCGCUCUUGCCGGUCACCUUGUUGAGGAAGGACUGGUACCCAAACGUGUCACGACUCGACCUGAUCACGACACACACCGGGGAAUUCGUCUGUCGGCGUGCGCUUGUUUGUGCCUGGGUGCGUGGCUCCCCUACUUGUAGAUGAGUGUGAUAGCGGGUGAGGCUUUGCCGGUCAUGUCGAUGACUUUGCCCCACUCCUCGGCUGACUUGACGAUGAACUCAUGGCCGUCGGCGGCCGGCAGAUGGCAAUACGGCUGGUACUUCAAGCUAUACAUCUCCUGACACACACACACACAUGGUCAGCACAGCUGCUCCUUGCUGUGUGUGCCGCCCUCCGUCUCUUUGUCUCGCUUACGAUGUCCUCUACGAAGUGACGUUUGUCGCCCUCCUCGACGAGCGGUGGCGAGAUAACCUGACUAUGCGGCAUGGUGGAGAUGCGGCGCGCAAACUCGACGAUCAUCAUGAAGUGAUCCGCUGGCACCUGACGCACCUGACGAUUGGCGAAGCACGGGGGCGUCCUGACAGGCAGACAGGCAGGCAGAGAUCCAUCCGAUGAUCUUCUGAGCCUCCCCACGUGUGUGUCUUACGUCGAAAAUCGUGUCAUGAGUGGGUGGUUGUGGCCCAGCCGCCCGAUUGUCUUGCGCAUGAUGCACACCUUCCGGCCCAUGACCGUCACACUGAGGACCGCGUCAGCGUUGCUAUCGCCGCUGGCGAAGAAGGGCUUCAUGUGACGGAUGAACGUCUCGAUCUCCUCCUUCUGCCGCACCAGCCCCUUGUACGCCCUAAGGUAGGCGCGAAGAGACCGCUCGUAGGCACGCACUGAGUCCUGGAUGGCCUUCUCGGCUGCAUCACCCCCACCCUCUCCCCCCUGGCCGUCGACCUCCAUCGGCGCGACUGCAGCUGCUGCAGGGGGCGGCUGCGGGGGGGCGUAGAAGUUGGUCUCGCGCAUGAAGAGGGAGAAGUUCUCGGCGUAGAGGGGAUCGGAUGCCUUGGAUGGCGGCAGCUCCACAGUGUCGGUGGAGCCCCGCUCGUAGAGGGUCAUUCUGUCGAGUAGGAGGGAGAAGAAGGCCGAUGACGUCUCGAGGUAGAGGUGGCCGUCGGCAUCUCUCGGCAGGCCGCCCGCGUGGUGCAUCAGCAGCACUGAGAUGUAUCGCCGCUUCAUGAAGGGCAUCAACAGGGCGCGACGACUCACUGGGAAGACCACACCGCCUGCACACUCGCACGUACACACAGCACCCAUAUGUACAGAGAACUGCAUCUCGCCUUUCAUCUCCUCUCUUCGGACCUGCGUUGACCUUCAACUCGCCGCUAGUCUCAUCCUCAUUCAGGCUCCACACGCCACCACAUAAGGCAACAAGAUCUUCUACCUCGCCCACCAGAUCUCGCAUUUCCUGCUUGCGCGAGUCGACGACGGCACUUGUCUGCUGAUGUAGGCUCUCGAGGGCGCUAGCCGCGCUACCCACCAGCAGCUGGGCCGCAAGACUGCCGGUCGUGAGAUCAGAGAGGGGCGGGGAAACAGCUCCAACAGCAGCCGCGGCGGCAGGUGGGCCGUCAGCUAGCUUCCGCUUCUUGGAAUUGUCCUCCAUCCUAUCUACCCGG